AUCGCACAUGCGUUCAGCUGCGUGUAGGUGUAGCCAUGCGAUCACCGCCUAUUACUUUAGGUGGUUCAGUGUCAUUUCUUCUUCCAAUCCGACUUCGUCGAACCCCUACUCUCUCUGGCCCGUAAACUCUAGCACAUAAAACCCUGAGAAGACACGAUUGAUCGUUCCAUUCCGAUCGUCGUCAAAUUCCGAUACCGGAGUAAUGGGCCUCGGUGAUAGAGGCCGACCUAGCAAGAAGCCCAAGUUUUCAUCCAAGGAGGACCUAAGAACUCCAGUUUUUGAAGAUGAGGAUGCAUAUUAUACUGAAGAAUUGGAAAACGAUUGUCGCGAUGAAGGAAAAAAGAGAGAUUUUACCAAAUUGGAACUUAAACCCGAUCACGCCAAUCGGCCACUUUGGGCUUGCGCUGAUGGCCGAAUAUUCUUGGAAACAUUCUCUCCUCUCUACAAACAAGCUUAUGAUUUUCUCAUUGCCAUUGCCGAGCCUGUUUGCAGGCCAGAGUCGAUGCACGAAUACAACCUGACACCUCACUCCUUAUAUGCCGCGGUGUCAGUUGGUCUUGAAACUGAGACCAUCAUAGCUGUUUUGAAUAAAUUGUCAAAGACCAAGCUUCCCAAAGAGACGAUUGACUUCAUACAGGCUUCUACUGCCAAUUAUGGCAAAGUGAAGCUUGUACUUAAGAAGAAUCGGUACUUUAUCGAAUCCCCAUUUCCAGAGGUGUUGAAGAGUUGCUCAAGGAUGAGGUUAUAUCCAGAGCAAGGAUUUCCACUGAGGAUUAAUCUGGUAUUGGGAAAUUACUUGAAGUGUUGGCAUAUUUUGCUCUGUAGUGAGACAUUGUGGGAAUGCAACCAGUGA